AGAGUCACGCACAGCUGGCGCAUGACGUCAGUGGGCGGGGCUGUCAUGGCGGCUGGGCUGACAGCUGAGGAGCCGCUGCGGUGCCGGUGAAUGGAGCCGAGUGUCCCCGGUGUCAUGGAGGGUCCCUGCCCGGUACCCGGAGCCGCCGUGCCGGCUGAGCCCGUUAAGCCCGCCGAGCCGCAGCCUGUGUGCGGGGACAGUGACGGCCUCCCGGGGGCGGAGGAGGGGAUGGAGGUCGGACCGAGCAGCCCGGCUCCCUGCUCCAUCACCCCCGAGGAGCCCAGCAGCAGCAGCGGGCAGAGCCCGGCCGGGGGGUCGCACAGCCUGGACUCGCUGGAGUCCUUCUCCAACCUGCUCUCCUGCCCCAGCUCGGACCUGAACAGCGAGGGGCCGGAGGACAAGCUCCCGGGCCUGGCGGCGGCCGAGGAGGAGGAGGAGGAAGAGGGCGGCCUGGCGGCCAGGGAGAGAUUCCCCGGACAGUCCGUCUAUCACAUCAAAUGGAUCCGCUGGAAGGAGCAGAGCACGCCCAUAGUCACCCAGAACGAGAACGGGCCCUGCCCAUUGCUGGCCAUCAUGAACGUGCUGCUCCUGGCAUGGAAGGUGAAAUUACCACCUAUGAUGGAAAUUAUCACAGUGGAGCAGCUCAUGGAGUAUCUUGGAGACUACAUACUAGAUGCUAAACCGAAAGAAAUUUCUGAAGUUCAGCGUCUCAACUAUGAGCAGAAUAUGAGUGAUGCAAUGGCUAUUCUACACAAACUGCAGACGGGGCUUGACGUCAAUGUGAAGUUUACUGGUGUGAGUGUGUUUGAGUACACCCCAGAGUGCAUUGUGUUUGAUCUUCUUGAUAUACCCCUAUAUCACGGAUGGUUGGUGGAUCCACAGAUUGCUGAGGUUGCGACAGCCGUUGGCAACUGUAGUUAUAACCAGCUGGUUGAGAAGAUCAUCUCAUGCAAGCAGUCCGACAGGAGUGAGCUUGUUAGUGAAGGUUUUACAGCUGAACAGUUUCUUAAUGGCACAGCCACACAGCUGACAUACCAUGGGCUCAGUGAGCUGACUACAACCCUACAAGAAGGAGAGCUCUGUGUAUUCUUCAGGAACAAUCAUUUUAGUACCAUGACCAAAUAUAAGGGUCUUCUGUACUUACUGGUAACAGACCAGGGAUUUCUAACAGAAGAAAAUAUUGUCUGGGAAAGUUUACAUAAUGUGGACGGGGAUGGGAACUUCUGUGAUUCUGAAUUCCACCUAAGACCCCCAUCUGACCCAGAAGCUGUAUACCAGGGUCAGCAAGACCAAAUUGAUCAGGAUUAUCUGAUUGCUUUGUCACUUCAGCAAGAACAGCAGAAUCAAGAUAUUGACUGGGAACAGAUCCCAGAAGGUAUUAGUGACUUGGAGUUGGCCAAAAAACUUCAGGAAGAGGAAGAUAGACGAGCAUCACAAUAUUAUCAGGAACAGGAGCAAGUACCGUCUCCUGCACCCGAGCAGCCAGGGCAGCCGUCUCCUGCAGCUCAGAGUCCAUCCAGUGGUCGGCCCCCAGGGAGCAGUGAAAGGAAACGGAAAGAGACGAGAGAAAAGGAGAAGGAAAAGAAUACUUGUGUCCUUUUAUAGACUUGUCAAGGUCUAAGUUUGAUAUUGCAGGAAACACGAAGGCAUAGACAUGAAAAAGGAGGAGACAUCUGUUAAUAUGCCAUCUGUGCCUGAAGAAACCCCUGCUCGGUUUCCGUUUGGAAAGGGGGAAUUUGCUACAAACAGACUUGCUUCAGAUUCACCCACCACACUCUAACCUUCUGUAAUUUCAAACCCCUUGGUUCAUGCAUCAUAUUGUUAAUGUUAUAAACUAACAAUGUAUUCCAGCUGUCAUCCAUAGUACAGUUUUCAAUAUUUAACCUGAAUCAAUUACUUCAUAUUUUACUCUGAAAACAGAAAAACCACACAAUGUAUUUUGCCCCAGUAAGGCCUUGGUAUGACUCAAGGGGUGGGGGCUGCAAAUAGUUCUGGGCUCUGUAAUCUUCUGGAUUUUCUGCAGCUGCUCUGUGUGCUUUACAUUUAGCAUACCUGCCUAAAACUACUUAUCUGCAAGAUCUUAUGGCAUUUGAAGUAACAGAUCAGCCCAACUUUAUUCUUGUGGUGGUUGUAGUAAUUAGCUGUUUAGAGUGAACCAAGCUAAUAUUUACUUCAGAACAUUCACUGUGUCAUACGGGCGCUGUACCCAAAAUAUCAGGUUAAAAUAUUUUGUGACAAACUUUUUUAACCUAAUGGACCAGAAUGACUAGUGUUUUUUUUGUCUGGUUUUGAAUAUAAUGUGCUACAUGUUGAAGAAAGAAGACCAAGAGGAGUUUUUUUUUCCCUUUCAGAAGAAAGACUAACUCAAUAAAUGACUGUUACAUCUUGCACUACUCUUUGAUCGGCGGUGUGCAUGUCCCAUUAAGUGGUGAGAUUAACUGAAUGGUUCAAUCAAGUCUUGAAUUAUAACUACUCAUAGCUCAUCCUUUUAAGUUUUCACCAGCCCUCCCAGCUUUUGAAUCCCCUAGCUUUGCUACCUGAAUUCAGGCUGCAAUUAAUAUGGGCCUUUUAAUUAAUAGUUCCUUAGCAGGGUGUUUUUCUUAUGCUA